UUCAUCAUCAUUAGCUAAUAAGGAUAAACAAUCAUCUAUUAAGUUGGAUGACUUAUCACCUUUUAAUUUUGAAAACCUACCUGAGAAAACAAUACCUAAUGAUCCUCAAGUUCAACAAGUUCUUUAUCACUUUAACCGUUUAGUUAAAGCUAUAGAAAAAGGACAAUCUCAAUUUUCCAAGAAAACUUUUCUUGUCUAA